UUACUCACAUCGUUAAUAAGAUACCAGCCUUUGCGACAAAAAUAAUUUCCCUACGCUGCAAACGGAUUAUAUCUACGCUAAUAAUUAUGUAAAAGAAACUUUCUAAUCCAAUAAAUCGUAAUGUUAACAUUUGAGGAAAGGUUUAUAAGAUUAUUUAAUGCAGAACACAUGUUUACAAGUUUAAAUUACAUACUGGAGUAAGAACAUGGAAAAUGAAACAAACAUUGUGAAUUCAUUCACAGAUAUAAACGGAACAAAUGCAUCUUUAAGUAAUGUCACAUUUUCAGGAAAAGGGCCAUCUACACUUAAGUUGGUUUCCGAUGUUGUAAUAUCGACAACUCUCAUAAUGAUCAUGUUUGGUAUGGGAUGCACAAUAGAGUUCUGGAAACUUAUCCAGCACUUUCGCCGGCCAAUCGGAGCAGCUAUAGGAAUGCUGGCUCAGUUUAUCGUGCUGCCUUUGGUUACCUUCGGAUGUGCGCAUGCGCUUCAGCUAGAACCGAUGGCCGCUAUAGGAAUGCUGGUGAUGGGUUGUUGUCCGAGUGGGUCAAUGUCUAACAUGUACUCGUAUUGGGCAGACGGCGACGUUCCAUUAAGUUUGACUAUGACAACGUUAGCUACACUUUUGGCGUUAGGUAUGAUGCCUCUAAAUAUCUGGCUGUACAGCAGAAGCUGGAUAAACGAGGGCCUUUCUAUACCUUACAAGAACAUAAUUGUUUCCCUUGCAAUGACACUGGGGCCUGCAACUGUUGGAAUAUUUCUAAGAUGGAAAUGGGAGAAGAUAGCUUUAGUUAUUGUGAAGAUCGCAAGCAUAUGUGGAGUAAUAGGGAUCAUUUUGUCAAUAACGUUUUUGAGCCUUCUCUAUCCAUUCAUGUACAAGUCGUCCUGGAAAAUCUACGCCGGAGCAUGCCUUUUAACUUCUGUAGGCUUCGCACUCGGAUACAUUGUAGCUAAGUUAUUCCGAAUGAAUGCCACGCAUGCACGAACUGUCGCCUUGGAAACUGGAAUUCAAAAUGUUCCAUUAUGCCUGACAUUAAUCACUUUAUCAUUCCCAAAACAAAUGAUUCCGAAAUUGGUGAUUUUUCCAUUGUUAUACGGAAUAUUCUCGCAGAUUAAUAGCUGUCUCUUUGUGUUGUUGUUCUACAUUGGCAAAAGCGUCAAGGCGUACAAGAAUAAAAGAGCAGGAAACGAUUUCACCAGUGUGCCUACAAGCGACAAUCCUGAUGGUGUUGAAAUGAGCAUUGUAGUAAUAUAAAAGUAAAAAACAGUAGAACUUUGAAGUGUUUUGCUUCUUUAGCUUUAUUAUUUGUGUACAUGUACAUGUGAAUUUAACAAGCAAAAUAUAAACCAGUAUGUGUAUAAACUUAUGACGGUUAUCAAAUUCUCUGAAAAAAUCACUCAAACUUUGAACUUCUUUAUCUAGAAUGGCUUACUCAAGUUAAUACAAUCAGUAGCCUGGUAUAAAAAAUAUAAAGAUGCUUCAGGAAGGUCCCCGGUGUGUAGUGAAGGAGAUUUUGAUUUCUGGCCAUGUUGCAAAUAUUUCUAAUUUUUUGCUUUUGGUUUUUUAUAUGUCUGUAGAGCUGCUGUGUUUUCUGCGACUUGAGACUUUUAGAAAGAUGUGUGAUGUGUUAAUAUAUUCCGCCUUGUGCAAUUGUGUAAAGAAAACUUGCUAGGGCACUAACCAAUCUUUCGGCAUUCUGUAGCUGUUAUGACACGAGAAACACGCAUAUUACGUGAUGUGUAAUUAAGCCUCUAAGCCUCUAGUAACUUCUGCAGUUUACCUAAAUAAAUUUUUUAUUUUACUAUUGUCUAGGUACCGUAAGUAUAAGUAAAAACAAUCAUAUACUAUAUAUCUAUGUUCACAAACUACGUAAUAAAUACCCGUUUUAAUCCUGAUUAUUACUUAGGGCAGGUAACCAUAAUGUUCAAACUUGUGGCCCACCCAUAUGUAUAUUGUAUGCUUGUUGUAGCAUUCAUGAAUGUGUUAUUGUGUAUGCAGUUAUAAACAAUUAUAUAUGGUUAAAUCAAUUAUAAAUAAAACUGUCAUGCUAACAGCUA